AUGGCACCCCGCGAGUCUUCCUCUCCUUCCUCACCCCGCUCUGGCGUGCCUUGUGCCGAAGAUGCGAGUGCAUUGCCCCCCACUGCCUCCCUUUCCUCUGCGUCUCGCCCGUCUGUCCCCGCCGUCGCGUUCACGGCCACAGCGUAUUCGAAGAUGGUCAUGCACGCAGCCAAGCACACCCAGGACGCGGUCAAUGGCGUUCUCCUUGGUCGGUUUCUUCCCUCUCCCCCAAAAAAGGGUGAAACAGAGGAGCCUGGGGCUGACGAGACUCAGCAGCCGCAGACUGUUCUCUGUGUCGAUGCGGUUCCUCUCUUCCAUUCCUUUAUUCUUCCGCCCAUGAUGGCGUGCGCGUUCGAACUGGUCGAGGAGCUGUGCCAGGAAAGUCGACGCCACUCGCCGAGCCUUCGCAGGGUUCGCGAAGGCGGCGAACGGUCGACGGCCGCCGCCGCGGAAAAGAGCGGAGUCAACGGGAAAAAAGAGACGAAACAGCGAGAAGGGACGGGAACAGACGAACUCGGCGAAAAACAGGCAAACCAGGGAGAGCUCCAGAUUGUCGGGUACUACCACUGUAACCUCGUGACACCUGCCGCCGACGUCGCUCCGCAACCUUCGACGGUUGCCGCGAUGGCUGCCACAACCGUCAACGCCAAGCAUCCACAAGCCAUUCUGUGCAUGCUUCAAAUGCGGCGCCUUACGGAAGAAGGGUCGGAGACUCCUGCUGGAUCGGGGAAGCAAGCAAGAGCGCCGGACUCGCACGUGGCGUGUGUGUAUAGGAUGCAAAGCGACAAGUGGCAGCCGGUCAAAGAAACCGAGCGAGUUGUCAUAACAGACGCUGCGAGAUACGUCUCAAAGAGCGUCAUCCGAGAUGCGACGUACAUGAGCUUGAAGGACAUGGAUGACCAUCUCUAUGACCCCAGCCUUAGUCCCUCCAACCUGUCACUGCUGACCGGAUAUGAAGAACUGUUGGAGAAGGACAGGGAAGAGCUGCAGAGCGCUGGCAUCAACAUCGGCGAAGAUUUGGGCCUUGCAGGAAUUCCUGUUUAA